UUACUGGAGUGCGGCACAAAUUAUGGAAUUAUGGAUCGGUCGCUCCUGCAGUGUACCUAUGAUGCAGCUAGCUAGCUAUGUAUCACAACGUGCUAAAACCUAUAACUGAAAUGCGUAAUUAAAAAUGUAUAUGUAACGCGAAAAUGCUAAAUACUGCGAAAUUUGUAUUUACUUCCAGGAUAUGUCGUAGGUAGACCGUUUUUGUGCUGACAGAUGUACGGGCACAUGAAACUCGGCUGCACGCCGUCAUAUUGUGGAUAUACUGCGCACACGAGGUUAAAUAAACCAGUAGCUGUAGUAAAAUAAAACGUUAGUUUCCUGUAGUAAUAAAACACGUUUUUAGGACCGGACCGGACAGUGGAACAUGCUUGUCGGUUAUCGCUGAGGCGCCGCUUUUGACACAAAGGAAACUGACGGCCAGUUUUAAUUGGACCGAAAACGGCGAAUGUAAAGCAAGUUUUAAAAAAAUCCUUCUCCUGGACCCCUCCGCGACGCGUUCAGCGGGAAGGGAUUAGACGGGUUAGUACAGGGGGGCAGCUUAUGAGUUGCCGCGGUCGGUCCCCGGUCUCUCCACCCACCUCGUUCACAUUUUGACUCCGUUCGUCCGGAGGUGGAAAGAUCCAGAGCCGGAGCGCGAGACGCAGCGGGGGGAGUGUCUGACUCUCCAGCGGAGUGCAGCGCGAGGCGCACGUGAAGCGAAGCCGUAGCGGGAAUCUGCGCGUGGGGGACCGUCAAGGCGAUAGGUGUGACCGGCCGGCGCGUGGCGGCCGCCCGGUAUUCCGGAGCGGUUGGCCAACAGUUUUCGGGAAGCUUUUUGGGAUAACCCAGGCUGGCAGGUUUGUGACAAGGAGAGGUGCCCCAGGGACAUUGCUGAGAGACAUGCUCAUUGCGUGCACUAGCAGGGAGGGUGCCAGGGGGAACUGCCACUAAGCACACAGGAGGACCCCCACCUCCUGCAGCGGCACGCGGAGAGCGAAGGCUUGUUGUCUCACCCCUGUGCCUGGCAGCCCCGCCGAUCCCGCGUCACCCCAUCCUACAGCAUCCAUGGCCUUCACCCUGUCAGAGAUCAUGGCUGCCCGGCGGCAGCAGCGCGGCUCUAGGACGGCGGUGGAUGUGGACGAGUACAGCGCCAACCCCACGCAAGCUUUCACCUUCUACAACAUCAACCAGGGGCGCUUCCAGCCUCCCCACGUCCACAUGGUGGAGCCCCUGCCCCACGACACGCCAAAGCCACCCGGCUACACGCGCUUCGUCUGCGUGUCAGACACCCACUCGCGUACUGACGGCAUGCAGAUGCCCUACGGCGACGUGCUCGUCCACGCCGGCGACUUCACUGAGCUCGGCCUGCCCAGCGAGGUCAAGAAGUUCAACGACUGGCUAGGCACCCUGCCCUAUGAGAUAAAAAUCGUCAUCGCGGGCAACCACGAGCUGACCUUUGACCAGGAGUUCAUGGCGGACCUCAUCAAGCAGGACUUCUACUACUUCCCUUCUGCGUCUAAGCUGAAGCCAGAGAACUAUGAGAAUGUCCAGUCCCUGCUGACCAACUGCAUCUACCUGCAGGACUCGGAGGUGACUGUGAGGGGCUACCGCAUCUAUGGCUCCCCCUGGCAACCCUGGUACUACGGUUGGGGCUUCAACCUACCCAGGGGACAGGCCCUGCUGGACAAGUGGAACCAGAUCCCCGACUCCACCGACAUCCUGGUGACACACUGCCCCCCGCUGGGCUUCCUGGACUGGGUCCCGAGGAAGAUGCAGCGUGUCGGCUGCGUGGAGCUGCUGAACACGGUGCAGAGGCGAGUGCAGCCGAAGCUGCAUGUCUUUGGGCACAUCCAUGAAGGUUCCUGCAGGAUGCGGGCAAGGCUGCAGAGAUGCAGAUGUAGCGCCGUUGCAUUGAGGAAAGGAGGCUUCCACCAGGAGAACAUGCCUGUUAGCCGUGCCGGCUGCCUGGUGCUCACAGAAGCCUCCUCUGAGGCUCUGCCGUGUCUUUUUUAGGCUAUGGAGUCAUGACUGAUGGUGCCACCACCUUCAUCAACGCCUCCGCCUGCACGGUCAACUUCCAACCCAUGAACCCGCCCAUAGUCUUCGACUUGCCCACUCCGAGGAGUACAUGAUUGAGAAAAGCCCCCACCCUUUGCUCCUCCUCCCCUUACAGACCCCGACAGGUAACGGGUUUGGUCGGCUCGACAGAUAAGGCAUUGGGUAGGGUGGGUGGGAGACAGUUUGUAAAUAUGCAAGGUUCCGUCGGACUGCGUCCAUGACGACCGCUGCAGUCCAGCUUCCUGUAGAGUCCACGUGUGCAGUUGUGUUGUGUACCGUCUCCGUUUUUCCUUUUUUAAAAAAAUGAUUUCAGCACUAUUGCGCGAUGAUCUCUGUCCUCUGGAAGAGCGAUGUUUUUAAACCUCUGUUGACUUUGGUUAGUUGACAAUCCCCUGUGGCAGUCUCUCGGUUUGGAAAGCCAUCGCCUCCUCCCGUUGAUCCAGACUCUGUGAAAAGAGGCUCAGUAGCGGCGUCUCUCGACUCCUCCCCGCCGUUUCCCCGGGGUAUCCUCCUCGCGCGUUUCCGCCGUCUCUUAUCCGAUGGAUGCACAAACGCCGUUUCCCCCACACCAGCUGCUCAGCGCUCCUCCAAAGAAGGUUUUGCGGAAGUGCGGAACCUUCCGAUGGUCCCAAACCCCUCCAGGUUCCAGAAGGCGAUCCCCCUCGCCACCCCGAGCGGCCACGACCCUAGUAAGUAGUGGAAUUGGCCCUCUCCGCACCGUGAGUUCUCGAGGCCCGGUUUUGAUGGUCCCCAUGCUGGCGAGGGCCCGGGGAAGUACAGAUCAAAGAGGACCUGGGAGGGAACAGGAAACUGACGCCACAGGGCCCGUGUGAAAUUGAAUGUCAAGCACAUUGACACUGCUCUCCAGAGAUUCAUUAAAACUUUCUGUAAGCUUCUUAUGGAUCUGAAAAUGUGUUGAGGGGCUCUCCUGUGCUCUCUGUGUAAUUUCCCUGUGCCUAAUAAGCUCAACCUCUCAUCCUCUGCUGAAGUGUCAUGUUGCCAACAAGUUUAUUUCAGGGUCACCAGCAGUUAUCUCUUUUUAGAUAAUUGUUACUCAGCUGUGCUUCACACUGUGGAAUCAGAAGUUUGGUGUGUAUUAAUUGUCUUCUGAGUAGGGGCAUGCAUCUGCUGGCUCCCACAAAAGAUGGCUCAUUCUGGAAGGCUGAAUACUUUUUUUGUGGGUGUUUUUAGUACAACUUCCAGAAAGUUAAUAACAACAUUCCAGUUGUUAAAAUAUACUUUUAAUGUAUCGCUCAGUAGUGGGGAAAAUGUUUAAGUAAUUUAUUUAAUAUUUCACCUGUAAUGUAAUAAAUAAAUUAAAAUAAAUAUCUUUGCUCCAAAUAACGUCUGGCAUUUUUUCCAAAUACUUCUGUUCCUUACAAAUUAGUCUGUGUUUGGUUAAACGGAUAUGGUAUUUCAAAGUUUAAUGCAAUGGUUGGAAUUUUUAAUGGCUAUGGAAUUUCCUUUUUAACAAUGGUAGUAAGAAUAUGCUUGUACUGUAUGUGGACUGAGUCUGUUUGUUAACUGUUACCAUUGCUCACCUAUUUUGCACACAUUUUUGUUCAAAUCAACCACUGCAAACAUGUCUUUUAUUAAAGUACUUCAAAGAAUAAUCACACUCUCCCCAAUAACUUAUACGUAAUGUGUGUUGGACAUGGUAAGAGUACGAUUGGACUUUGAUCCUAGUGCUCCUUUUAUAAUUUAUUAAUGCUCCUUCUAGCAACAAUUUGCUCCUGUGAGUUUCAAAAUGGUCGCCAUUACCAGCACACAUUGCACAGUACUAUUAUGAAUUCAUAAUUACUAGGCAAUUUGGACCAUAUGAAUCGUGAGAGAAUUGAAUUUUAAGCUGAAUAAUGAUCCUUUUCAUUGUGUAUUCCGAUUCCCAGCAAGCACUUAGAAUGAUUGUUACUCUUAUGUUGGCACAAACACUUUAAGAAUGUUCCAUGUUGGCGUUUAUUAUGGGUACUGUGCUCUUCUUGAAAACUAAACUCUCGCUGUGGUGUUUCUUGCUGACUUCUUUGGGGCAUGCCGUUCUGCUUUUAUUUAUUUUUUAAUUUUUUUAAAAAAGGCUUUUUUUCUCUAAUUUCUGUGCUGUGUAAUUCAUUUGAGACACUGUUGAAAUGUUUUGGUUUAAUAAUGUAUGAUAUUUUAUAAUCCCUUCAGCAAAGAAAAAAACAACAAAAAAAAACUUAAUAUUGAAUAUGAAGUAUGUUAGUGCAUCAGGAGGUGGGCCCUGUUAUGUACAUCCUACAUGCAGUUCAGUUCUUCUGGUUCCCAGAAAAAGGAUUGAUGCUAAUUAAAUGAAACCUCAUGCGCA